AACCACAAACAAAAUGAUUUGGACAGUUCGAUUUUCACUAUCGUUACUCGUAGUGAUCUGGUCUCAGAGCAUAUACGCUCUCGGUCAGUCACCAUGGCAAAGCGCAAGCAUGGCCGAAAGCUUCAUGACUUACUUUUCUGCUGCUUUAGGACAAUCAGGAGCAUUUACAAAUGAACAGAUGGAUGAUAUAGAUACGAUUGCCUCAUCUAUAAAAAUGGGUGUAGAUAAAAUGGAAAGAAGCGGAAAGACUUCCCAAAACAAACUGCAGGCAAUGAACAUGGCCUUCGCAUCAGCAGUGGCAGACAUAGCCAUAGCAGAAGGAAGAGGACAGAGCGCUCAAAUAAAAACUAAUGCUAUAGCCGACGCAUUAGCAUCUGCAUUCCUUCAGACGACUGGUGAAGUUAACAACCAGUUCAUAAAUGAAAUAAGAGGCUUAAUUUCUAUGUUCGCUCAGGCAAAUAGCAUAUCCUCGUCAUCAGCAUCAGCUAGCGCAUCAGCCGCAGCUGCCGCUAGUGGAUCUGGCGGUGGUGGACAAGGAUUUAGAGCCGGAUUAGGAGGUGCAGGAGGAGCUGGAGCAGCCAGUGCCGCGGCAGCUGCUGGCGGUCAAGGGGGACGAGGCGGAUUUGGUGGAUUAGAUUCUCAAGCAACAGGUGGUGCCGGUCAAGGAGGAUCGGGAGCCGCAGCUGCUGCAGCUGCAGCCAGUGGAGAUGGCGGUUCUGGAUUAGGAGGCUAUGGUGCGGGACGAGGAUAUGGAGCCGGUUUAGGAGGUGCAGGUGGAGCUGGAGCAGCCAGUGCCGCUGCAGCCGCUGGCGGUCAAGGAGGACGAGGCGGAUUUGGCGGAUUAGGUUCUCAAGGAGCAGGAGGUGCCGGUCAAGGAGGAUCGGGAGCCGCAGCCGCUGCUGCUGCAGCCGGUGGAAAUGGCGGUUCUGGAUUAGGAGGCUAUGGUGCGGGACGAGGAUAUGGAGCCGGUUUAGGAGGUGCAGGUGGAGCUGGAGCAGCCAGUGCCGCUGCAGCCGCAGGCGGUCAAGGAGGACGAGGCGGAUUUGGCGGAUUAGGUUCUCAAGGAGCAGGUGGUGCCGGUCAAGGAGGAGCAGGAGCCGCAGCCACUGCUACUGCAGCCGGUGGAGAUGGCGGUUCUGGAUUAGGAGGCUAUGGUGCGGGACGAGGAUAUGGAGCCGGUUUAGGAGGUGCAGGUGGAGCUGGAGCAGCCAGUGCCGCUGCAGCCGCUGGCGGUCUCGGAGGACGAGGCGGAUUUGGCGGAUUAGGUUCUCAAGGAGCAGGUGGUGCCGGUCAAGGAGGAUCUAGUGCCGCGGCUGCUGCAGCUGCAGCCGGUGCAGAUGGCGGUUCUGGAUUAGGAGGCUAUGGUGCGGGACGAGGAUAUGGAGCCGGAUUAGGAGGUGCAGAUGGGGCUGGAGCAGCCAGUGCCGCUGCAGCCGCUGGCGGUCAAGGAGGACGAGGCGGAUUUGGCGGAUUAGGUUCUCACGGAGCAGGUGGUGCCGGUCAAGGAGGAUCGGGAGCCGCAGCCGCUGCUGCUGCAGCCGGUGGAGAUGGCGGUACUGGAUUAGGAGGCUAUGGUGCGGGACGAGGAUAUGGAGCCGGUUUAGGAGGUGCAGGUGGAGCUGGAGCAGCCAGUGCCGCUGCAGCCGCGGGCGGUCAAGGAGGACGAGGCGGAUUUGGUGGAUUAGGAUCUCAAGGAGCAGGUGGUGCCGGUCAAGGAGGAGCAGGAGCCGCAGCUGCUGCAGCUGCAGCCGGUGGAAAUGGCGGUUCUGGAUUAGGAGGCUAUGGUGCGGGAGGAGGAUAUGGAGCCGGUUUAGGAGUUGCAGGUGGAGCUGGAGCAGCCAGUGCCGCUGCAGCCGCUGGCGGUCAAGGAGGACGAGGCGGGUUUGGUGGAUUAGGAUCUCAAGGAGCAGGUGGUGCCGGUCAAGGAGGAGCAGGAGCCGCAGCUGCUGCAGCUGCAGCCGGUGGAGAUGGCGGUUCUGGAUUAGGAGGCUAUGGUGCGGGACGAGGAUAUGGAGCCGGUUUAGGAGGUGCAGGUGGAGCUGGAGCAGCCAGUGCCGCUGCAGCCGCUGGCGGUCUCGGAGGACGAGGCGGGUUUGGCGGAUUAGGUUCUCAAGGAGCAGGUGGUGCCGGUCAAGGAGGAUCGGGAGCCGCAGCUGCUGCAGCUGCAGCCGGUGGAGAUGGCGGUUCUGGAUUAGGAGGCUAUGGUGCGGGACGAGGAUAUGGAGCCGGUUUAGGAGGUGCAGGUGGAGCUGGAGCAGCCAGUGCCGCUGCAGCCGCUGGCGGUCAAGGAGGACGAGGCGGAUUUGGCGGAUUAGGUUCUCAAGGAGCAGGUGGUGCCGGUCAAGGAGGAUCUAGUGCCGCGGCUGCUGCAGCUGCAGCCGGUGCAGAUGGCGGUUCUGGAUUAGGAGGCUAUGGUGCGGGACGAGGAUAUGGAGCCGGUUUAGGAGGUGCAGAUGGAGCUGGAGCAGCCAGUGCCGCUGCAGCCGCUGGCGGUCAAGGAGGACGAGGCGGAUUUGGCGGAUUAGGUUCUCAAGGAGCAGGUGGUGCCGGUCAAGGAGGAGCAGGAGCCGCAGCCGCUGCUGCUGCAGCCGGUGGAGAUGGCGGUUCUGGAUUAGGAGGCUAUGGUGCGGGACGAGGAUAUGGAGCCGGUUUAGGAGGUGCAGGUGGAGCUGGAGCAGACAGUGCCGCUGCAGCCGCUGGCGGUCAAGGAGGACGAGGCGGAUUUGGCGGAUUAUUUUCUCAAGGAGCAGGUGGUGCCGGUCAAGGAGGAUCUAGUGCCGCGGCUGCUGCAGCUGCAGCCGGUGCAGAUGGCGGUUCUGGAUUAGGAGGCUAUGGUGCGGGACGAGGAUAUGGAGCCGGUUUAGGAGGUGCAGGUGGAGCUGGAGCAGCCAGUGCCGCUGCAGCCGCUGGCGGUCAAGGAGGACGAGGCGGAUUUGGUGGAUUAGGAUCUCAAGGAGCAGGUGGUGCCGGUCAAGGAGGAGCUGGAGCCGCAGCUGCUGCAGCUGCAGCCGGUGGAGAUGGCGGUUCUGGAUUAGGAGGCUAUGGUGCGGGACGAGGAUAUGGAGCCGGUUUAGGAGGUGCAGGUGGAGCUGGAGCAGCCAGUGCCGCUGCAGCCGCUGGCGGUCAAGGAGGACGAGGCGGGUUUGGUGGAUUAGGAUCUCAAGGAGCAGGUGGUGCCGGUCAAGGAGGAGCAGGAGCCGCAGCUGCUGCAGCUGCAGCCGGUGGAGAUGGCGGUUCUGGAUUAGGAGGCUAUGGUGCGGGACGAGGAUAUGGAGCCGGUUUAGGAGGUGCAGAUGGAGCUGGAGCAGCCAGUGCCGCUGCAGCCGCUGGCGGUCAAGGGGGACGAGGCGGAUUUGGCGGAUUAGGUUCUCAAGGAGCAGGUGGUGCCGGUCAAGGAGGAUCGGGAGCCGCAGCCGCUGGUGCUGCAGCCGGUGGAGAUGGCGGUUCUGGAUUAGGAGGCUAUGGUGGACGAGGAUAUGGAGCCGGUUUAGGAGGUGCAGGUGGAGCUGGAGCAGCCAGUGCCGCUGCAGCCGCUGGCGGUCAAGGAGGACGAGGCGGGUUUGGUGGAUUAGGAUCUCAAGGAGCAGGUGGUGCCGGUCAAGGAGGAGCAGGAGCCGCAGCUGCUGCAGCUGCAGCCGGUGGAGAUGGCGGUUCUGGAUUAGGAGGCUAUGGUGCGGGACGAGGAUAUGGAGCCGGUUUAGGAGGUGCAGGUGGAGCUGGAGCAGCCAGUGCCGCUGCAGCCGCUGGCGGUCAAGGAGGACGAGGCGGAUUUGGCGGAUUAGGUUCUCAAGGAGCAGGUGGUGCCGGUCAAGGAGGAUCUAGUACCGCGGCUGCUGCAGCUGCAGCCGGUGGAGAUGGCGGUUCUGGAUUAGGAGGCUAUAGUGCGGGACGAGGAUAUGGAGCCGGUUUAGGAGGUGCAGGUGGAGCUGGAGCAGCCAGUGCCGUUGCAGCCGCUGGCGGUCAAGGAGGACUAGGCGGAUUUGGUGGAUUAGGAUCUCAAGGAGCAGGUGGUGCCGGUCAAAGAGUAGCAGGAGCCGCAGCUGCUGCAGCUGCAGCCGGUGGAGAUGGCGGUACUGGAUUAGGAGGCUAUGGUGCGGGACGAGGAUAUGGAGCCGGUUUAGGAGGUGCAGGUGGAGCUGGAGCAGCCAGUGCCGCUGCAGCCGCAGGCGGUCAAGGAGGACGAGGCGGAUUUGGCGGAUUAGGUUCUCAAGGAGCAGGUGGUGCCGGUCAAGGAGGAUCUAGUGCCGCGGCUGCUGCAGCUGCAGCCGGUGCAGAUGGCGGUUCUGGAUUAGGAGGCUAUGGUGCGGGACGAGGAUAUGGAGCCGGUUUAGGAGGUGCAGGUGGAGCUGGAGCAGCCAGUGCCGCUGCAGCCGCUGGCGGUCAAGGAGGACGAGGCGGGUUUGGUGGAUUAGGAUCUCAAGGAGCAGGUGGUGCCGGUCAAGGAGGAGCAGGAGCCGCAGCUGCUGCAGCUGCAGCCGGUGGAGAUGGCGGUUCUGGAUUAGGAGGCUAUGGUGCGGGACGAGGAUAUGGAGCCGGUUUAGGAGGUGCAGAUGGAGCUGGAGCAGCCAGUGCCGCUGCAGCCGCUGGCGGUCAAGGGGGACGAGGCGGAUUUGGCGGAUUAGGUUCUCAAGGAGCAGGUGGUGCCGGUCAAGGAGGAUCGGGAGCCGCAGCCGCUGCUGCUGCAGCCGGUGGAGAUGGCGGUUCUGGAUUAGGAGGCUAUGGUGGACGAGGAUAUGGAGCCGGUUUAGGAGGUGCAGGUGGAGCUGGAGCAGCCAGUGCCGCUGCAGCCGCUGGCGGUCAAGGAGGACUAGGCGGAUUUGGUGGAUUAGGAUCUCAAGGAGCAGGUGGUGCCGGUCAAGGAGGAGCAGGAGCCGCAGCUGCUGCAGCUGCAGCCGGUGGAGAUGGCGGUUCUGGAUUAGGAGGCUAUGGUGCGGGACGAGGAUAUGGAGCCGGUUUAGGAGGUGCAGGUGGAGCUGGAGCAGCCAGUGCCGCUGCAGCCGCUGGCGGUCAAGGAGGACGAGGCGGAUUUGGCGGAUUAGGUUCUCAAGGAGCAGGUGGUGCCGGUCAAGGAGGAUCUAGUGCCGCGGCUGCUGCAGCUGCAGCCGGUGCAGAUGGCGGUUCUGGAUUAGGAGGCUAUGGUGCGGGACGAGGAUAUGGAGCCGGUUUAGGAGGUGCAGGUGGAGCUGGAGCAGCCAGUGCCGCUGCAGCCGCUGGCGGUCAAGGAGGACGAGGCGGGUUUGGUGGAUUAGGAUCUCAAGGAGCAGGUGGUGCCGGUCAAGGAGGAGCAGGAGCCGCAGCUGCUGCAGCUGCAGCCGGUGGAGAUGGCGGUUCUGGAUUAGGAGGCUAUGGUGCGGGACGAGGAUAUGGAGCCGGUUUAGGAGGUGCAGAUGGAGCUGGAGCAGCCAGUGCCGCUGCAGCCGCUGGCGGUCAAGGGGGACGAGGCGGAUUUGGCGGAUUAGGUUCUCAAGGAGCAGGUGGUGCCGGUCAAGGAGGAUCGGGAGCCGCAGCCGCUGGUGCUGCAGCCGGUGGAGAUGGCGGUUCUGGAUUAGGAGGCUAUGGUGGACGAGGAUAUGGAGCCGGUUUAGGAGGUGCAGGUGGAGCUGGAGCAGCCAGUGCCGCUGCAGCCGCUGGCGGUCAAGGAGGACGAGGCGGGUUUGGUGGAUUAGGAUCUCAAGGAGCAGGUGGUGCCGGUCAAGGAGGAGCAGGAGCCGCAGCUGCUGCAGCUGCAGCCGGUGGAGAUGGCGGUUCUGGAUUAGGAGGCUAUGGUGCGGGACGAGGAUAUGGAGCCGGUUUAGGAGGUGCAGGUGGAGCUGGAGCAGCCAGUGCCGCUGCAGCCGCUGGCGGUCAAGGAGGACGAGGCGGAUUUGGCGGAUUAGGUUCUCAAGGAGCAGGUGGUGCCGGUCAAGGAGGAUCUAGUACCGCGGCUGCUGCAGCUGCAGCCGGUGGAGAUGGCGGUUCUGGAUUAGGAGGCUAUAGUGCGGGACGAGGAUAUGGAGCCGGUUUAGGAGGUGCAGGUGGAGCUGGAGCAGCCAGUGCCGUUGCAGCCGCUGGCGGUCAAGGAGGACUAGGCGGAUUUGGUGGAUUAGGAUCUCAAGGAGCAGGUGGUGCCGGUCAAAGAGUAGCAGGAGCCGCAGCUGCUGCAGCUGCAGCCGGUGGAGAUGGCGGUACUGGAUUAGGAGGCUAUGGUGCGGGACGAGGAUAUGGAGCCGGUUUAGGAGGUGCAGGUGGAGCUGGAGCAGCCAGUGCCGCUGCAGCCGCUGGCGGUCAAGGAGGACGAGGCGGAUUUGGCGGAUUAGGUUCUCAAGGAGCAGGUGGUGCCGGUCAAGGAGGAUCUAGUGCCGCGGCUGCUGCAGCUGCAGCCGGUGCAGAUGGCGGUUCUGGAUUAGGAGGCUAUGGUGCGGGACGAGGAUAUGGAGCCGGUUUAGGAGGUGCAGGUGGAGCUGGAGCAGCCAGUGCCGCUGCAGCCGCUGGCGGUCAAGGAGGACGAGGCGGGUUUGGUGGAUUAGGAUCUCAAGGAGCAGGUGGUGCCGGUCAAGGAGGAGCAGGAGCCGCAGCUGCUGCAGCUGCAGCCGGUGGAGAUGGCGGUUCUGGAUUAGGAGGCUAUGGUGCGGGACGAGGAUAUGGAGCCGGUUUAGGAGGUGCAGAUGGAGCUGGAGCAGCCAGUGCCGCUGCAGCCGCUGGCGGUCAAGGGGGACGAGGCGGAUUUGGCGGAUUAGGUUCUCAAGGAGCAGGUGGUGCCGGUCAAGGAGGAUCGGGAGCCGCAGCCGCUGGUGCUGCAGCCGGUGGAGAUGGCGGUUCUGGAUUAGGAGGCUAUGGUGGACGAGGAUAUGGAGCCGGUUUAGGAGGUGCAGGUGGAGCUGGAGCAGCCAGUGCCGCUGCAGCCGCUGGCGGUCAAGGAGGACGAGGCGGGUUUGGUGGAUUAGGAUCUCAAGGAGCAGGUGGUGCCGGUCAAGGAGGAGCAGGAGCCGCAGCUGCUGCAGCUGCAGCCGGUGGAGAUGGCGGUUCUGGAUUAGGAGGCUAUGGUGCGGGACGAGGAUAUGGAGCCGGUUUAGGAGGUGCAGGUGGAGCUGGAGCAGCCAGUGCCGCUGCAGCCGCUGGCGGUCAAGGAGGACGAGGCGGAUUUGGCGGAUUAGGUUCUCAAGGAGCAGGUGGUGCCGGUCAAGGAGGAUCUAGUACCGCGGCUGCUGCAGCUGCAGCCGGUGGAGAUGGCGGUUCUGGAUUAGGAGGCUAUAGUGCGGGACGAGGAUAUGGAGCCGGUUUAGGAGGUGCAGGUGGAGCUGGAGCAGCCAGUGCCGUUGCAGCCGCUGGCGGUCAAGGAGGACUAGGCGGAUUUGGUGGAUUAGGAUCUCAAGGAGCAGGUGGUGCCGGUCAAAGAGUAGCAGGAGCCGCAGCUGCUGCAGCUGCAGCCGGUGGAGAUGGCGGUACUGGAUUAGGAGGCUAUGGUGCGGGACGAGGAUAUGGAGCCGGUUUAGGAGGUGCAGGUGGAGCUGGAGCAGCCAGUGCCGCUGCAGCCGCAGGCGGUCAAGGAGGACGAGGCGGAUUUGGCGGAUUAGGUUCUCAAGGAGCAGGUGGUGCCGGUCAAGGAGGAUCUAGUGCCGCGGCUGCUGCAGCUGCAGCCGGUGCAGAUGGCGGUUCUGGAUUAGGAGGCUAUGGUGCGGGACGAGGAUAUGGAGCCGGUUUAGGAGGUGCAGGUGGAGCUGGAGCAGCCAGUGCCGCUGCAGCCGCUGGCGGUCAAGGAGGACGAGGCGGGUUUGGUGGAUUAGGAUCUCAAGGAGCAGGUGGUGCCGGUCAAGGAGGAGCAGGAGCCGCAGCUGCUGCAGCUGCAGCCGGUGGAGAUGGCGGUUCUGGAUUAGGAGGCUAUGGUGCGGGACGAGGAUAUGGAGCCGGUUUAGGAGGUGCAGAUGGAGCUGGAGCAGCCAGUGCCGCUGCAGCCGCUGGCGGUCAAGGGGGACGAGGCGGAUUUGGCGGAUUAGGUUCUCAAGGAGCAGGUGGUGCCGGUCAAGGAGGAUCGGGAGCCGCAGCCGCUGCUGCUGCAGCCGGUGGAGAUGGCGGUUCUGGAUUAGGAGGCUAUGGUGGACGAGGAUAUGGAGCCGGUUUAGGAGGUGCAGGUGGAGCUGGAGCAGCCAGUGCCGCUGCAGCCGCUGGCGGUCAAGGAGGACUAGGCGGAUUUGGUGGAUUAGGAUCUCAAGGAGCAGGUGGUGCCGGUCAAGGAGGAGCAGGAGCCGCAGCUGCUGCAGCUGCAGCCGGUGGAGAUGGCGGUUCUGGAUUAGGAGGCUAUGGUGCGGGACGAGGAUAUGGAGCCGGUUUAGGAGGUGCAGGUGGAGCUGGAGCAGCCAGUGCCGCUGCAGCCGCUGGCGGUCAAGGAGGACGAGGCGGAUUUGGCGGAUUAGGUUCUCAAGGAGCAGGUGGUGCCGGUCAAGGAGGAUCUAGUGCCGCGGCUGCUGCAGCUGCAGCCGGUGCAGAUGGCGGUUCUGGAUUAGGAGGCUAUGGUGCGGGACGAGGAUAUGGAGCCGGUUUAGGAGGUGCAGGUGGAGCUGGAGCAGCCAGUGCCGCUGCAGCCGCUGGCGGUCAAGGAGGACGAGGCGGGUUUGGUGGAUUAGGAUCUCAAGGAGCAGGUGGUGCCGGUCAAGGAGGAGCAGGAGCCGCAGCUGCUGCAGCUGCAGCCGGUGGAGAUGGCGGUUCUGGAUUAGGAGGCUAUGGUGCGGGACGAGGAUAUGGAGCCGGUUUAGGAGGUGCAGAUGGAGCUGGAGCAGCCAGUGCCGCUGCAGCCGCUGGCGGUCAAGGGGGACGAGGCGGAUUUGGCGGAUUAGGUUCUCAAGGAGCAGGUGGUGCCGGUCAAGGAGGAUCUAGUGCCGCGGCUGCUGCAGCUGUAGCCGGUGCAGAUGGCAGUUCUGGAUUAGGAGGCUAUGGUGCGGGACGAGGAUAUGGAGCCGGUUUAGGAGGUGCAGGUGGAGCUGGAGCAGCCAGUGCCGCUGCAGCCGCUGGCGGUCAAGGAGGACGAGGCGGAUUUGGUGGAUUAGGAUCUCAAGGAGCAGGUGGUGCCGGUCAAGGAGGAGCAGGAGCCGCAGCUGCUGCAGCUGCAGCCGGUGGAGAUGGCGGUUCUGGAUUAGGAGGCUAUGGUGCGGGACGAGGAUAUGGAGCCGGUUUAGGAGGUGCAGGUGGAGCUGGAGCAGCCAGUGCCGCUUCAGCCGCUGGCGGUCAAGGAGGACGAGGCGGGUUUGGUGGAUUAGGAUCUCAAGGAGCAGGUGGUGCCGGUCAAGGAGGAGCAGGAGCCGCAGCUGCUGCAGCUGCAGCCGGUGGAGAUGGCGGUUCUGGAUUAGGAGGCUAUGGUGCGGGACGAGGAUAUGGAGCCGGUUUAGGAGGUGCAGAUGGAGCUGGAGCAGCCAGUGCCGCUGCAGCCGCUGGCGGUCAAGGGGGACGAGGCGGAUUUGGCGGAUUAGGUUCUCAAGGAGCAGGUGGUGCCGGUCAAGGAGGAUCGGGAGCCGCAGCCGCUGCUGCUGCAGCCGGUGGAGAUGGCGGUUCUGGAUUAGGAGGCUAUGGUGGACGAGGAUAUGGAGCCGGUUUAGGAGGUGCAGGUGGAGCUGGAGCAGCCAGUGCCGCUGCAGCCGCUGGCGGUCAAGGAGGACGAGGCGGGUUUGGUGGAUUAGGAUCUCAAGGAGCAGGUGGUGCCGGUCAAGGAGGAGCAGGAGCCGCAGCUGCUGCAGCUGCAGCCGGUGGAGAUGGCGGUUCUGGAUUAGGAGGCUAUGGUGCGGGACGAGGAUAUGGAGCCGGUUUAGGAGGUGCAGGUGGAGCUGGAGCAGCCAGUGCCGCUGGCGGUCAAGGAGGACGAGGCGGGUUUGGUGGAUUAGGAUCUCAAGGAGCAGGUGCUGCCGGUCAAGGAGGAGCAGGAGCCGCAGCUGCUGCAGCUGCAGCCGGUGGAGAUGGCGGUUCUGGAUUAGGAGGCUAUGGUGCGGGACGAGGAUAUGGAGCCGGUUUAGGAGGUGCAGGUGGAGCUGGAGCAGCCAGUGCCGCUGCAGCCGCUGGCGGUCAAGGAGGACGAGGCGGGUUUGGCGGAUUAGGAUCUCAAGGAGCAGGUGGUGCCGGUCAAGGAGGAGCAGGAGCCGCAGCUGCUGCAGCUGCAGCCGGUGGAGAUGGCGGUUCUGGAUUAGGAGGCUAUGGUGCGGGACGAGGAUAUGGAGCCGGUUUAGGAGGUGCAGAUGGAGCUGGAGCAGCCAGUGCCGCUGCAGCCGCUGGCGGUCAAGGGGGACGAGGCGGAUUUGGCGGAUUAGGUUCUCAAGGAGCAGGUGGUGCCGGUCAAGGAGGAUCGGGAGCCGCAGCCGCUGCUGCUGCAGCCGGUGGAGAUGGCGGUUCUGGAUUAGGAGGCUAUGGUGGACGAGGAUAUGGAGCCGGUUUAGGAGGUGCAGGUGGAGCUGGAGCAGCCAGUGCCGCUGCAGCCGCUGGCGGUCAAGGAGGACGAGGCGGGUUUGGUGGAUUAGGAUCUCAAGGAGCAGGUGGUGCCGGUCAAGGAGGAGCAGGAGCCGCAGCUGCUGCAGCUGCAGCCGGUGGAGAUGGCGGUUCUGGAUUAGGAGGCUAUGGUGCGGGACGAGGAUAUGGAGCCGGUUUAGGAGGUGCAGGUGGAGCUGGAGCAGCCAGUGCCGCUGCAGCCGCUGGCGGUCAAGGAGGACGAGGCGGAUUUGGCGGAUUAGGUUCUCAAGGAGCAGGUGGUGCCGGUCAAGGAGGAUCUAGUACCGCGGCUGCUGCAGCUGCAGCCGGUGGAGAUGGCGGUUCUGGAUUAGGAGGCUAUAGUGCGGGACGAGGAUAUGGAGCCGGUUUAGGAGGUGCAGGUGGAGCUGGAGCAGCCAGUGCCGUUGCAGCCGCUGGCGGUCAAGGAGGACUAGGCGGAUUUGGUGGAUUAGGAUCUCAAGGAGCAGGUGGUGCCGGUCAAAGAGUAGCAGGAGCCGCAGCUGCUGCAGCUGCAGCCGGUGGAGAUGGCGGUUCUGGAUUAGGAGGCUAUGGUGCGGGACGAGGAUAUGGAGCCGGUUUAGGAGGUGCAGGUGGAGCUGGAGCAGCCAGUGCCGCUGCAGCCGCAGGCGGUCAAGGAGGACGAGGCGGAUUUGGCGGAUUAGGUUCUCAAGGAGCAGGUGGUGCCGGUCAAGGAGGAUCGGGAGCCGCAGCCGCUGCUGCUGCAGCCGGUGGAGAUGGCGGUUCUGGAUUAGGAGGCUAUGGUGGACGAGGAUAUGGAGCCGGUUUAGGAGGUGCAGGUGGAGCUGGAGCAGCCAGUGCCGCUGCAGCCGCUGGCGGUCAAGGAGGACUAGGCGGAUUUGGUGGAUUAGGAUCUCAAGGAGCAGGUGGUGCCGGUCAAGGAGGAGCAGGAGCCGCAGCUGCUGCAGCUGCAGCCGGUGGAGAUGGCGGUUCUGGAUUAGGAGGCUAUGGUGCGGGACGAGGAUAUGGAGCCGGUUUAGGAGGUGCAGGUGGAGCUGGAGCAGCCAGUGCCGCUGCAGCCGCUGGCGGUCAAGGAGGACGAGGCGGAUUUGGCGGAUUAGGUUCUCAAGGAGCAGGUGGUGCCGGUCAAGGAGGAUCUAGUGCCGCGGCUGCUGCAGCUGCAGCCGGUGCAGAUGGCGGUUCUGGAUUAGGAGGCUAUGGUGCGGGACGAGGAUAUGGAGCCGGUUUAGGAGGUGCAGGUGGAGCUGGAGCAGCCAGUGCCGCUGCAGCCGCUGGCGGUCAAGGAGGACGAGGCGGGUUUGGUGGAUUAGGAUCUCAAGGAGCAGGUGGUGCCGGUCAAGGAGGAGCAGGAGCCGCAGCUGCUGCAGCUGCAGCCGGUGGAGAUGGCGGUUCUGGAUUAGGAGGCUAUGGUGCGGGACGAGGAUAUGGAGCCGGUUUAGGAGGUGCAGAUGGAGCUGGAGCAGCCAGUGCCGCUGCAGCCGCUGGCGGUCAAGGGGGACGAGGCGGAUUUGGCGGAUUAGGUUCUCAAGGAGCAGGUGGUGCCGGUCAAGGAGGAUCUAGUGCCGCGGCUGCUGCAGCUGUAGCCGGUGCAGAUGGCAGUUCUGGAUUAGGAGGCUAUGGUGCGGGACGAGGAUAUGGAGCCGGUUUAGGAGGUGCAGGUGGAGCUGGAGCAGCCAGUGCCGCUGCAGCCGCUGGCGGUCAAGGAGGACGAGGCGGAUUUGGUGGAUUAGGAUCUCAAGGAGCAGGUGGUGCCGGUCAAGGAGGAGCAGGAGCCGCAGCUGCUGCAGCUGCAGCCGGUGGAGAUGGCGGUUCUGGAUUAGGAGGCUAUGGUGCGGGACGAGGAUAUGGAGCCGGUUUAGGAGGUGCAGGUGGAGCUGGAGCAGCCAGUGCCGCUUCAGCCGCUGGCGGUCAAGGAGGACGAGGCGGGUUUGGUGGAUUAGGAUCUCAAGGAGCAGGUGGUGCCGGUCAAGGAGGAGCAGGAGCCGCAGCUGCUGCAGCUGCAGCCGGUGGAGAUGGCGGUUCUGGAUUAGGAGGCUAUGGUGCGGGACGAGGAUAUGGAGCCGGUUUAGGAGGUGCAGAUGGAGCUGGAGCAGCCAGUGCCGCUGCAGCCGCUGGCGGUCAAGGGGGACGAGGCGGAUUUGGCGGAUUAGGUUCUCAAGGAGCAGGUGGUGCCGGUCAAGGAGGAUCGGGAGCCGCAGCCGCUGCUGCUGCAGCCGGUGGAGAUGGCGGUUCUGGAUUAGGAGGCUAUGGUGGACGAGGAUAUGGAGCCGGUUUAGGAGGUGCAGGUGGAGCUGGAGCAGCCAGUGCCGCUGCAGCCGCUGGCGGUCAAGGAGGACGAGGCGGGUUUGGUGGAUUAGGAUCUCAAGGAGCAGGUGGUGCCGGUCAAGGAGGAGCAGGAGCCGCAGCUGCUGCAGCUGCAGCCGGUGGAGAUGGCGGUUCUGGAUUAGGAGGCUAUGGUGCGGGACGAGGAUAUGGAGCCGGUUUAGGAGGUGCAGGUGGAGCUGGAGCAGCCAGUGCCGCUGGCGGUCAAGGAGGACGAGGCGGGUUUGGUGGAUUAGGAUCUCAAGGAGCAGGUGCUGCCGGUGAAGGAGGAGCAGGAGCCGCAGCUGCUGCAGCUGCAGCCGGUGGAGAUGGCGGUUCUGGAUUAGGAGGCUAUGGUGCGGGACGAGGAUAUGGAGCCGGUUUAGGAGGUGCAGGUGGAGCUGGAGCAGCCAGUGCCGCUGCAGCCGCUGGCGGUCAAGGAGGACGAGGCGGGUUUGGCGGAUUAGGAUCUCAAGGAGCAGGUGGUGCCGGUCAAGGAGGAGCAGGAGCCGCAGCUGCUGCAGCUGCAGCCGGUGGAGAUGGCGGUUCUGGAUUAGGAGGCUAUGGUGCGGGACGAGGAUAUGGAGCCGGUUUAGGAGGUGCAGAUGGAGCUGGAGCAGCCAGUGCCGCUGCAGCCGCUGGCGGUCAAGGGGGACGAGGCGGAUUUGGCGGAUUAGGUUCUCAAGGAGCAGGUGGUGCCGGUCAAGGAGGAUCGGGAGCCGCAGCCGCUGCUGCUGCAGCCGGUGGAGAUGGCGGUUCUGGAUUAGGAGGCUAUGGUGGACGAGGAUAUGGAGCCGGUUUAGGAGGUGCAGGUGGAGCUGGAGCAGCCAGUGCCGCUGCAGCCGCUGGCGGUCAAGGAGGACGAGGCGGGUUUGGUGGAUUAGGAUCUCAAGGAGCAGGUGGUGCCGGUCAAGGAGGAGCAGGAGCCGCAGCUGCUGCAGCUGCAGCCGGUGGAGAUGGCGGUUCUGGAUUAGGAGGCUAUGGUGCGGGACGAGGAUAUGGAGCCGGUUUAGGAGGUGCAGGUGGAGCUGGAGCAGCCAGUGCCGCUGCAGCCGCUGGCGGUCAAGGAGGACGAGGCGGAUUUGGCGGAUUAGGUUCUCAAGGAGCAGGUGGUGCCGGUCAAGGAGGAUCUAGUACCGCGGCUGCUGCAGCUGCAGCCGGUGGAGAUGGCGGUUCUGGAUUAGGAGGCUAUAGUGCGGGACGAGGAUAUGGAGCCGGUUUAGGAGGUGCAGGUGGAGCUGGAGCAGCCAGUGCCGUUGCAGCCGCUGGCGGUCAAGGAGGACUAGGCGGAUUUGGUGGAUUAGGAUCUCAAGGAGCAGGUGGUGCCGGUCAAAGAGUAGCAGGAGCCGCAGCUGCUGCAGCUGCAGCCGGUGGAGAUGGCGGUUCUGGAUUAGGAGGCUAUGGUGCGGGACGAGGAUAUGGAGCCGGUUUAGGAGGUGCAGGUGGAGCUGGAGCAGCCAGUGCCGCUGCAGCCGCAGGCGGUCAAGGAGGACGAGGCGGAUUUGGCGGAUUAGGUUCUCAAGGAGCAGGUGGUGCCGGUCAAGGAGGAUCUAGUGCCGCGGCUGCUGCAGCUGCAGCCGGUGCAGAUGGCGGUUCUGGAUUAGGAGGCUAUGGUGCGGGACGAGGAUAUGGAGCCGGUUUAGGAGGUGCAGGUGGAGCUGGAGCAGCCAGUGCCGCUGCAGCCGCUGGCGGUCAAGGAGGACGAGGCGGGUUUGGUGGAUUAGGAUCUCAAGGAGCAGGUGGUGCCGGUCAAGGAGGAGCAGGAGCCGCAGCUGCUGCAGCUGCAGCCGGUGGAGAUGGCGGUUCUGGAUUAGGAGGGUAUGGUGCGGGACGAGGAUAUGGAGCCGGUUUAGGAGGUGCAGAUGGAGCUGGAGCAGCCAGUGCCGCUGCAGCCGCUGGCGGUCAAGGGGGACGAGGCGGAUUUGGCGGAUUAGGUUCUCAAGGAGCAGGUGGUGCCGGUCAAGGAGGAUCGGGAGCCGCAGCCGCUGCUGCUGCAGCCGGUGGAGAUGGCGGUUCUGGAUUAGGAGGCUAUGGUGGACGAGGAUAUGGAGCCGGUUUAGGAGGUGCAGGUGGAGCUGGAGCAGCCAGUGCCGCUGCAGCCGCUGGCGGUCAAGGAGGACUAGGCGGAUUUGGUGGAUUAGGAUCUCAAGGAGCAGGUGGUGCCGGUCAAGGAGGAGCAGGAGCCGCAGCUGCUGCAGCUGCAGCCGGUGGAGAUGGCGGUUCUGGAUUAGGAGGCUAUGGUGCGGGACGAGGAUAUGGAGCCGGUUUAGGAGGUGCAGGUGGAGCUGGAGCAGCCAGUGCCGCUGCAGCCGCUGGCGGUCAAGGAGGACGAGGCGGAUUUGGCGGAUUAGGUUCUCAAGGAGCAGGUGGUGCCGGUCAAGGAGGAUCUAGUGCCGCGGCUGCUGCAGCUGCAGCCGGUGCAGAUGGCGGUUCUGGAUUAGGAGGCUAUGGUGCGGGACGAGGAUAUGGAGCCGGUUUAGGAGGUGCAGGUGGAGCUGGAGCAGCCAGUGCCGCUGCAGCCGCUGGCGGUCAAGGAGGACGAGGCGGGUUUGGUGGAUUAGGAUCUCAAGGAGCAGGUGGUGCCGGUCAAGGAGGAGCAGGAGCCGCAGCUGCUGCAGCUGCAGCCGGUGGAGAUGGCGGUUCUGGAUUAGGAGGCUAUGGUGCGGGACGAGGAUAUGGAGCCGGUUUAGGAGGUGCAGAUGGAGCUGGAGCAGCCAGUGCCGCUGCAGCCGCUGGCGGUCAAGGGGGACGAGGCGGAUUUGGCGGAUUAGGUUCUCAAGGAGCAGGUGGUGCCGGUCAAGGAGGAUCUAGUGCCGCGGCUGCUGCAGCUGUAGCCGGUGCAGAUGGCAGUUCUGGAUUAGGAGGCUAUGGUGCGGGACGAGGAUAUGGAGCCGGUUUAGGAGGUGCAGGUGGAGCUGGAGCAGCCAGUGCCGCUGCAGCCGCUGGCGGUCAAGGAGGACGAGGCGGAUUUGGUGGAUUAGGAUCUCAAGGAGCAGGUGGUGCCGGUCAAGGAGGAGCAGGAGCCGCAGCUGCUGCAGCUGCAGCCGGUGGAGAUGGCGGUUCUGGAUUAGGAGGCUAUGGUGCGGGACGAGGAUAUGGAGCCGGUUUAGGAGGUGCAGGUGGAGCUGGAGCAGCCAGUGCCGCUGCAGCCGCUGGCGGUCAAGGAGGACGAGGCGGGUUUGGUGGAUUAGGAUCUCAAGGAGCAGGUGGUGCCGGUCAAGGAGGAGCAGGAGCCGCAGCUGCUGCAGCUGCAGCCGGUGGAGAUGGCGGUUCUGGAUUAGGAGGCUAUGGUGCGGGACGAGGAUAUGGAGCCGGUUUAGGAGGUGCAGAUGGAGCUGGAGCAGCCAGUGCCGCUGCAGCCGCUGGCGGUCAAGGGGGACGAGGCGGAUUUGGCGGAUUAGGUUCUCAAGGAGCAGGUGGUGCCGGUCAAGGAGGAUCGGGAGCCGCAGCCGCUGCUGCUGCAGCCGGUGGAGAUGGCGGUUCUGGAUUAGGAGGCUAUGGUGGACGAGGAUAUGGAGCCGGUUUAGGAGGUGCAGGUGGAGCUGGAGCAGCCAGUGCCGCUGCAGCCGCUGGCGGUCAAGGAGGACGAGGCGGGUUUGGUGGAUUAGGAUCUCAAGGAGCAGGUGGUGCCGGUCAAGGAGGAGCAGGAGCCGCAGCUGCUGCAGCUGCAGCCGGUGGAGAUGGCGGUUCUGGAUUAGGAGGCUAUGGUGCGGGACGAGGAUAUGGAGCCGGUUUAGGAGGUGCAGGUGGAGCUGGAGCAGCCAGUGCCGCUGCAGCUGCUGGCGGUCAAGGAGGACGAGGUGGAUUUGGCGGAUUAGGUUCUCAAGGAGCAGGUGGUGCCGGUCAAGGAGGAUCUAGUGCCGCGGCUGCUGCAGCUGCAGCCGGUGCAGAUGGCGGUUCUGGAUUAGGAGGCUAUGGUGCGGGACGAGGAUAUGGAGCCGGUUUAGGAGGUGCAGAUGGAGCUGGAGCAGCCAGUGCCGCUGCAGCCGCUGGCGGUCAAGGAGGACGAGGCGGAUUUGGCGGAUUAGGUUCUCAAGGAGCAGGUGGUGCCGGUCAAGGAGGAUCGGGAGCCGCAGCCGCUGCUGCUGCAGCCGGUGGAGAUGGCGGUUCUGGAUUAGGAGGCUAUGGUGCGGGACGAGGAUAUGGAGCCGGUUUAGGAGGUGCAGGUGGAGCUGGAGCAGCCAGUGCCGUUGCAGCCGCUGGCGGUCAAGGAGGACUAGGCGGAUUUGGUGGAUUAGGAUCUCAAGGAGCAGGUGGUGCCGGUCAAGGAGGAGCAGGAGCCGCAGCUGCUGCAGCUGCAGCCGGUGGAGAUGGCGGUUCUGGAUUAGGAGGCUAUGGUGCGGGACGAGGAUAUGGAGCCGGUUUAGGAGGUGCAGUCGGAGCUGGAGCAGCCAGUGCCGCUGCAGCCGCUGGCGGUCAAGGAGGACGAGGCGGAUUUGGCGGAUUAGGUUCUCAAGGAGCAGGUGGUGCCGGUCAAGGAGGAUCUAGUGCCGCGGCUGCUGCAGCUGCAGCCGGUGCAGAUGGCGGUUCUGGAUUAGGAGGCUAUGGUGCGGGACGAGGAUAUGGAGCCGGUUUAGGAGGUGCAGGUGGAGCUGGAGCAGCCAGUGCCGCUGCAGCCGCUGGCGGUCAAGGAGGACGAGGCGGGUUUGGUGGAUUAGGAUCUCAAGGAGCAGGUGCUGCCGGUCAAGGAGGAGCAGGAGCCGCAGCUGCUGCAGCUGCAGCCGGUGGAGAUGGCGGUUCUGGAUUAGGAGGCUAUGGUGCGGGACGAGGAUAUGGAGCCGGUUUAGGAGGUGCAGGUGGAGCUGGAGCAGCCAGUGCCGCUGCAGCCGCUGGCGGUCAAGGAGGACGAGGCGGAUUUGGCGGAUUAGGUUCUCAAGGAGCAGGUGGUGCCGGUCAAGGAGGAUCUAGUGCCGCGGCUGCUGCAGCUGCCGCCGGUGCAGAUGGCGGUUCUGGAUUAGGAGGCUAUGGUGCGGGACGAGGAUAUGGAGCCGGUUUAGGAGGUGCAGAUGGAGCUGGAGCAGCCAGUGCCGCUGCAGCCGCUGGCGGUCAAGGAGGACGAGGCGGAUUUGGCGGAUUAGGUUCUCAAGGAGCAGGUGGUGCCGGUCAAGGAGGAUCGGGAGCCGCAGCCGCUGCUGCUGCAGCCGGUGGAGAUGGCGGUUCUGGAUUAGGAGGCUAUGGUGCGGGACGAGGAUAUGGAGCCGGUUUAGGAGGUGCAGAUGGAGCUGGAGCAGCCAGUGCCGCUGCAGCCGCUGGCGGUCAAGGAGGACGAGGCGGAUUUGGCGGAUUAGGUUCUCAAGGAGCAGGUGGUGCCGGUCAAGGAGGAUCGGGAGCCGCAGCCGCUGCUGCUGCAGCCGGUGGAGAUGGCGGUUCUGGAUUAGGAGGCUAUGGUGGACGAGGAUAUGGAGCCGGUUUAGGAGGUGCAGGUGGAGCUGGAGCAGCCAGUGCCGCUGCAGCCGCUGGCGGUCAAGGAGGACGUGGCGGGUUUGGUGGAUUAGGAUCUCAAGGAGCAGGUGGUGCCGGUCAAGGAGGAGCAGGAGCCGCAGCUGCUGCAGCUGCAGCCGGUGGAGAUGGCGGUUCUGGAUUAGGAGGCUAUGGUGCGGGACGAGGAUAUGGAGCCGGUUUAGGAGGUGCAGGUGGAGCUGGAGCAGCCAGUGCCGCUGCAGCCGCUGGCGGUCAAGGAGGACGAGGCGGAUUUGGCGGAUUAGGUUCUCAAGGAGCAGGUGGUGCCGGUCAAGGAGGAUCUAGUGCCGCGGCUGCUGCAGCUGCAGCCGGUGCAGAUGGCGGUUCUGGAUUAGGAGGCUAUGGUGCGGGACGAGGAUAUGGAGCCGGUUUAGGAGGUGCAGAUGGAGCUGGAGCAGCCAGUGCCGCUGCAGCCGCUGGCGGUCAAGGAGGACGAGGCGGAUUUGGCGGAUUAGGUUCUCAAGGAGCAGGUGGUGCCGGUCAAGGAGGAUCGGGAGCCGCAGCCGCUGCUGCUGCAGCCGGUGGAGAUGGCGGUUCUGGAUUAGGAGGCUAUGGUGCGGGACGAGGAUAUGGAGCCGGUUUAGGAGGUGCAGAUGGAUCUGGAGCAGCCAGUGCCGCUGCAGCCGCUGGCGGUCAAGGAGGACGAGGCGGAUUUGGCGGAUUAGGUUCUCAAGGAGCAGGUGGUGCCGGUCAAGGAGGAUCGGGAGCCGCAGCCGCUGCUGCUGCAGCCGGUGGAGAUGGCGGUUCUGGAUUAGGAGGCUAUGGUGCGGGACGAGGAUAUGGAGCCGGUUUAGGAGGUGCAGGUGGAGCUGGAGCAGCCAGUGCCGUUGCAGCCGCUGGCGGUCAAGGAGGACUAGGCGGAUUUGGUGGAUUAGGAUCUCAAGGAGCAGGUGGUGCCGGUCAAGGAGGAGCAGGAGCCGCAGCUGCUGCAGCUGCAGCCGGUGGAGAUGGCGGUUCUGGAUUAGAAGGCUAUGGUGCGGGACGAGGAUAUGGAGCCGGUUUAGGAGGUGCAGGUGGAGCUGGAGCAGCCAGUGCCGUUGCAGCCGCUGGCGGUCAAGGAGGACUAGGCGGAUUUGGUGGAUUAGGAUCUCAAGGAGCAGGUGGUGCCGGUCAAGGAGGAGCAGGAGCCGCAGCUGCUGCAGCUGCAGCCGGUGGAGAUGGCGGUUCUGGAUUAGGAGGCUAUGGUGCGGGACGAGGAUAUGGAGCCGGUUUAGGAGGUGCAGGUGGAGCUGGAGCAGCCAGUGCCGCUGCAGCCGCUGGCGGUCAAGGAGGACGAGGCGGAUUUGGCGGAUUAGGUUCUCAAGGAGCAGGUGGUGCCGGUCAAGGAGGAUCUAGUGCCGCGGCUGCUGCAGCUGCAGCCGGUGCAGAUGGCGGUUCUGGAUUAGGAGGCUAUGGUGCGGGACGAGGAUAUGGAGCCGGUUUAGGAGGUGCAGGUGGAGCUGGAGCAGCCAGUGCCGCUGCAGCCGCUGGCGGUCAAGGAGGACGAGGCGGAUUUGGCGGAUUAGGUUCUCAAGGAGCAGGUGGUGCCGGUCAAGGAGGAUCUAGUGCCGCGGCUGCUGCAGCUGCAGCCGGUGCAGAUGGCGGUUCUGGAUUAGGAGGCUAUGGUGCGGGACGAGGAUAUGGAGCCGGUUUAGGAGGUGCAGAUGGAGCUGGAGCAGCCAGUGCCGCUGCAGCCGCUGGCGGUCAAGGAGGACGAGGCGGAUUUGGCGGAUUAGGUUCUCAAGGAGCAGGUGGUGCCGGUCAAGGAGGAUCGGGAGCCGCAGCCGCUGCUGCUGCAGCCGGUGGAGAUGGCGGUUCUGGAUUAGGAGGCUAUGGUGCGGGACGAGGAUAUGGAGCCGGUUUAGGAGGUGCAGGUGGAGCUGGAGCAGCCAGUGCCGUUGCAGCCGCUGGCGGUCAAGGAGGACUAGGCGGAUUUGGCGGAUUAGGUUCUCAAGGAGCAGGUGGUGCCGGUCAAGGAGGAUCGGGAGCCGCAGCUGCUGCAGCUGCAGCGGGUGGAGAUGGCGGUUCUGGAUUAGGAGGCUAUGGUGCGGGACGAGGACAUGGAGUCGGUUUAGGAGGUGCAGGUGGAGCUGGAGCAGCCAGUGCCGCUGCAGCCGCUGGAGGUCAAGGAGGACGAGGCGGAUUUGGCGGAUUAGGUUCUCAAGGAGCAGGUGGUGCCGGUCAAGGAGGAUCUAGUGCCGCGGCUGCUGCAGCUGCAGCCGGUGGGGAUGACGGUGCAGGACGAGGAGGCUUUGGUCAUGAACUAGGUUUUGGAGCCGUCUUAGUAGGUGCAGGUGGAGCUGGAGCAGCCAGUGCCGCUGCAGCCGUUGGCGGUCAAGGAGGACGAGGCGGAUUUGGCAGAUUAGGUUCUCAAGGAGCUGGUGGUGCCGGUCAAGGAGGAUCGGGAGCCGCAGCCGCUGCUGCUGCAGCCGGUGGAGAUGGCGGUUCUGGAUUAGGAGGCUAUGGUGCGGGACGAGGAUAUGGAGCCGGUUUAGGAGGUGCAGGUGGAGCUGGAGCAGCCAGUGCCGCUGCAGCAGCUGGCGGUCAAGGAGGACGAGGCGGAUUUGGCAGAUUAGGUUCUCAAGGAGCUGGUGGUGCCGGUCAAGGAGGAUCUAGUGCCGCGGCUGCUGCUGCUGCAGCUAGCGGUUCUGGAUUAGUAGGCUAUGGUGCGGGACGAGGAUAUGGAGCCGGUUUAGGAGGUGCAGGUGGAGCUGGAGCAGCCAGUGCCGCUGCAGCAGCUGGCGGUCAAGGAGGACGAGGCGGAUUUGGCAGAUUAGGUUCUCAAGGAGCUGGUGGUGCCGGUCAAGGAGGAUCUAGUGCCGCGGCUGCUGCUGCUGCAGCUAGCGGUUCUGGAUUAGGAGGCUAUGGUGCGGGACGAGGAUAUGGAGCCGGUUUAGGAGGUGCAGGUGGAGCUGGAGCAGCCAGUGCCGCUGCAGCCGCUGGCGGUCAAGGAGGACGAGGCGGAUUUGGCGGAUUAGGUUCUCAAGGAGCAGGUGGUGCCGGUCAAGGAGGAUCGGGAGCCGCAGCCGCUGCUGCUGCAGCCGGUGGAGAUGGCGGUUCUGGAUUAGGAGGCUAUGGUGCGGGACGAGGAUAUGGAGCCGGUUUAGGAGGUGCAGGUGGAGCUGGAGCAGCCAGUGCCGCUGCGUCCGCUGCUGCUUCACGCUUAUCAUCACCUAGUGCUGCUUCCAGAGUCUCUUCCGCUGUUACAUCUUUGAUAUCAGGUGGCGGCCCAACUAAUCCUGCAGCGUUAUCUAAUACUUUUAGCAAUGUUGUUUAUCAAAUUAGUGUAAGUAGUCCUGGUCUCUCUGGCUGUGAUGUUCUUAUACAAGCUUUACUGGAACUCGUUUCGGCUUUGGUACAUAUUCUUGGUUCAGCUAACAUUGGGCAAGUUAAUUCCAGCGCUGCUGGAGAAUCAGCUUCAUUGGUUGGACAAUCCGUAUACCACGCUUUCUCUUAAAAAAUUAUGUAAGGUCUUUUGAAUUUUUUGAAUUCAAAUCUAUUUUUUGAAAUAUAUUUGUUCUGAAAUAAAAUUAUGCAUUACU